CUGGGUCUGCAGACAGAGACGCUCAGAUCUCACAGCUGCAGCCGCUGCCGCUGCCCCUCGUCCAGGCACAGGCAGGACAGUGACCUUUUCCAGUCCAGAGUGAUGGAGACAAAUUAUUCCUCUCGUGUGGACUCUGAGUUCCGAUACACCCUCUUCCCGAUUUUUUACAGUAUCAUCUUUGUGCUGGGGGUCAUCGCCAAUAGCUAUGUACUGUGGGUCUUCGUCCGCUUGUACCCUUCCAAGAAACUCAAUGAGAUAAAGAUCUUCAUGGUGAACCUCACCAUGGCUGACCUGCUCUUUUUGGUCACCCUGCCCCUGUGGAUCAUCUACUACUACCACCAGGGUGACUGGAUUCUCCCUAACUACCUGUGCAAUCUGGCUGGCUGCUUCUUCUUCAUUAACACCUACUGCUCAGUGGCUUUCCUGGCCGUCAUCACUUACAAUCGCUACCAGGCGGUGACGCAGCCCAUCAAGACCGCUCAGACCACCACCCGCAAGCGUGGCAUCUGUGUGUCCUUGGUCAUCUGGGUGUCCAUUGUGGCCGCUGCAGCCUACUUCUUCGUCCUGGACUCCACCAACGUAGUGCCCAACAAGACCCGCACAGGCAACGUCACCCGCUGCUUUGAACAUUAUGAGAAGGGCAGCAUCCCAGUCCUCAUCAUUCAUGUCUUCCUCGUGUUUGGCUUUCUCCUUGUCUUCCUCCUCAUCCUCUUCUGCAACCUGGUCAUCAUCCGCACACUGCUCAUGCAACCCAUGCCGAUGCAGCGCAAUGUGGAAGUCAAGCACCGAGCGCUGUGGAUGGUCUGCACGGUCCUGGCUGUGUUCUUCAUAUGCUUUGUGCCUCAUCAUAUGGUGCAGCUGCCCUGGACCCUCGCUGAGCUGGGCUUUCAGAACAACACCUUCCACCAGGCUAUUAAUGAUGCACAUCAGGUCACCCUCUGCCUCCUCAGCACCAACUGUGUCUUAGACCCCAUCAUCUACUGUUUCCUCACCAAGAAGUUCCGCAAGCACUUUACCGAGCGAUUCCACAGCAUGCGCAGCAGCCGGAAAUGCCCCCUGGCCACCAUGGAGACGGGCACUGAGGUAGCCCUGCAGCUCAGCCCCAUCCCUGCCAAUUCCCUCAAAAAUUAA